AUGGCCAGCAGCAGGUUCAGCCUUCCUAAAUCCUCUCCCUCUGCCCUCUCACUCCUUUUCCUUCCCCUGCUUUUCCUCCCUCUACCCUCAUUAGUGAGAGGUGACUGUUGGCUUAUUGAAGGGGAUAAAGGCUAUGUAUGGCUGGCUAUCUGCAGCCAGAACCAGCCACCGUAUGAGACUAUCCCUCAGCACAUCAACAACACGGUGCACGACCUGCGCCUGAACGAGAACAAGCUCAAGGCUAUCUUCUUCAGCUCCAUGAGCCGCUUCACCAACCUCACUGACCUCAACCUCACCAAGAAUGAGAUAUCUUACAUAGAGGACGGGGCCUUUGCUGGACAGGCCAACUUGCAGGUGCUUCAGCUGGGAUACAAUAAGCUGACGAACCUUACGGAAGGGAUGCUGAGAGGCCUGGGCAGAAUGCAGUGCCUGUUCCUGCAGCAUAACCUCAUCGAGAUCAUUUCCACCAAUGCCUUCUGGGAGUGUCCCAGUCUGAGCAGCCUCGAUUUGUCCUCCAAUAAGCUGGCCAAACUAGACCCGUCCACCUUCACGGUUCUCGGACGUUUAAUGGUGUGCGAGCUUGCUGGGAAUCCUUUCCACUGUGGCUGUGAGCUCUACAGCUUCCUAACCUGGUUGGAAGCCUUCAACAAUGUCACCCACACCUAUGAUAGGCUGCAAUGCGAAACCCCAAGAGAACUUUUUGGCUAUCCUCUGCUAAGUCCAGUCUCCAGUCAUGGGCGCAAUGCUCGCUCCAUUUUGUCAUCCAUGUGCAAGGAUGGGGUGAUUAUUCCUGGUAUAACCUCCUUGCCCCCUGAAGUGGAUUUCUCUGGGAUAGGGCCAGAUAUUUCAGACCAGAUGGGGCCAUAUCAUCCACCCACGGCAUCUUCAACGGCAGGUCCAUCAUACAGCCCUACUAUUAAGCUGCAGUCAGUUUCCCUCACCUCAGCCUCGCUGCUGGUGCAGAUCCCUCGACCUUACAGCAAGAUGUACAUCCUGGUGCAGUACAACCACACUUACGUGUCUGAUGUUAUGAACCUGAAGAACAAGAAAGAGCUUGUCACACUGAAAACUCUAAAACCCCACACAGAUUACACCUUCUGCGUAGCCUCGAUUCGUAACUCACAGCGUUACAACCACACUUGCCUGCAAUUUGCAACACGAUCUCCAGGCCCCGAUGACCUGCGUGCUGGCCCCUCUACCACCACCCACUACAUAAUGACCAUCCUGGGCUGUUUGUUCGGUAUGGUCAUCGUGUUGGGCUUGGUGUACUACUGCCUACGCAGGCGUCGAAUUCAGGAGGAGAAAGAGAAGUCCAUCAGCGUGAAGAAGACCAUCUUGGAAAUGCGUUAUGGGCCUGAGGCGGCAGCUGCAGCUGCCAACGACCCUUCAGCCUUGCAGAAACUCCAUGAACAGGUUCAUCACCAACACCAUCACAGCAAGAUGCCACAGUCCACUUCUUCAAGCAUGGGAAUGCUCCACAGCUCUGCCAACACCAGCUCCUCUCGCCUGUCCUCACUUCCCCAGGUCGAGAAGAUGGCCACAGCCUUUUCAGAGGCCUUGGCCACCAGCAAGGGCAACUACAUGGAUGUGCGCACAUCAGCAGGUGGAGAAGAACGGGCCAGGGAUGGAGCUAUACCAGGAGUAGGGGAGGACAUUGUGAGGGAAGAAAAUGGAAUUGAUGCAGGAGAGGACUCUGAGGAUGAUGGUCGAGGCUCAACCUCAGAGAUCUCUACCAUUGCGAAGGAGGUGGACAAAGUCAACCAGAUCAUCAAUAACUGCAUCGAUGCCCUAAAGUUGGAUUCUGUAGCAGUUGCAGCAGCAGCAGCCGCCACCCCAACUGAAAACUCAUCUUCUCCGCCCCCACAGUGCAUAACCUCCUCAGCCCGAGGACUCAUCCCUCUGUCCCCAACAAUAACAGAGACAUGCCAGGCAAUGUCCUCUCCCAAAAUGCCCCCUCUACCCCCUGUUCCUCUUGUCAUGCCCCUGUCUGAGAGACCGGGCAUCAGCGGAGGUGGUUUCCUUUCACCCCCCUACAGGGACCCACCCCCUGCCACGGCCGCAAGGCCUUUGCAGCGGCAGCUGAGCGCUGAUGCUGCUGUUGUUGUCCUCAGCAACAUGAAGAAUCGCUGUGGUGCCUCUUCCGGGGGAUCAGUGAAGAGUGCUCGAGUCUUCAGCCUGGAUGUUCCUGAGCCUCUGAGUCCAGAUUCCUCAAAGUUCCCAGAGAAAGGCAGCCCUGUUGGGUGCGGGGAGCCCCUUGAGAGGCUCCCUCUAGUGGGUGUACAAGGGGGUAGCAACGGCAGGGGAGAAGGUGGCAACGGGGGAGGAGGGGGAGGCGGCGGUGGCAGUGGUGGUUCGGGUGGAUGCAGUGUUGUGGUUCCAGGUGGAGGCGGGAUGGCGCAACAGCACCUCCUGGAGGUGCACCCAGACUACCACUGCUCAGAGCACCGACACUCCUUCCCCGCUCUCUACUAUGAGGGUGCCAUCGACUCCCCUGCCCAGAAGGCCUCCUUCCUAAAGCCCCUCUCUCGCACCAAGAGGGACGCUGCCUAUUCCCAGCUAUCGCCUCGCCACCACAACUACUCGGGAUAUUCGUCCAGCCCAGAAUAUUCUUCCGAAACCACCUUGAAAAUCUGGGAGCGCUUUCGACCCUACAAGAAAAGCCCUCGUGAAGAGGCCUACAUAGCAGCUGGCCACGCCCUUCGGAAGAAGGUGCAAUUUGCUAAGGACGAGGAUUUGCACGACAUUCUUGACUACUGGAAAGGGGUGUCUGCACAGCAGAAACUGUAA